AAUCAGAAAAAAAUGAACACCUUCUUUAUUCCCGACAAGAUUGCAGUGUCUAUAACAGCAGACCAGUUCAGAACAGGAAUAGUGACCAUGGUGGUGAAGAAUGGAAUUCCUUUCAAGUUUUUUGAGUCUGAUGGAUUUAACAUUAUCAUUGGAGAAAUGGCAACAAAGCUGAAGGUAUCCCUGGAUAAACAGCAGAUACGUAAUUACGUCCUGAAUGCUGGAAAUGAGAUGAAGGAGAAAAUGAAAGAAGAGUUCAAGAAUAGAUUUCUCUACCUAAAAUUUGACUGUGCAACCAGGCUAUGUGUGAACUAUUUAGGGUUGAACGUUCGGUUUGUUGAUGAUCAAGGUCUUGGUAUUACCAGAACUCUAGCUGUGGUAGAUACAGAGAGCAGACACACCAGCAGUGAGUUAAAGGAGAUUAUAAAUGGUGUGCUCCAAGAUUAUGAUAUACCACUGGCUAACAUUAUCUGCUGUGUCACGGAUAAUGCCACCAACAUGGUUAAGCUGGUGUCCAUGAUGAACGAAGACCUUCAGCAGAAUGAAGAAGUUGAGAGUGAAACUGAAGAAAAUGAGACUUUGCCUGGAACAUUAGAUCUCGAGAGUUCGGUUCCUAUUAAUUGUGCGCACAUGCGCUGUGCAGUACAUACACUGCAGCUCGCUAUUAAUGAUGGACUGAAGGAAACUGCCUCAGGAGUUGUUGCCAAGUUAAGAAAUGUGGCAAAGGAAGCGCGGUCUCCAAAGAUAAAUGAACAACUUCGCCGUAGGGCUAAAAAAGUUGCUUUGCUGGACCAAGAAACGCGGUGGGGAUCUACGUAUUUGAUGAUUGACCGCCUGAUUGAACUGAAAAGUUUUAUUGAGGAGAUGGCUGAUGUAGGUAAUACAAGAUUAAAUCUCUCAAGUUUUGAGUGGGAACAGGCCAUUUCCCUGAGGGACCUUUUAAAGAAGGCCCACUUGAUCACAAAGUCCCUUCAAUAUGAAAAUCUCACACCUGGAUAUUUCUAUAGAAAGUGGAGCGGGCUCAAACUGUUUUAUCAAGAUCAUGGGUCCUCUUUAGCAGAUGCUAUUGCUCACUCUAUGCAAAAGAGGGAAAAAGAGCUCCUAAGUAAUGGUAUGCUACUAGCAGCGGUGCUAAGCGAUGUAUCCAACAUGGACCUUCUCCCCCCUGAUCACGAGAUUAAAGGGAAGGAGACCCUGAUCAACCUUGUACUGAGGAUUAAGGGGUUGGAAGAUGAAGAAAAUGAUGCCACUGUUCUAGAUCUUCAGGUAUCAGUCUCUCUCACAGAUUCAGAUUCUGAUGAAGAGUUCAGGGCUGUGAGAAAAAAGCAGAAACUUAAUGUGGGGAUUGAGGAGGCAUCUGUUUUUGAUGAUAGUGGGGAAGAAUGCAACAUCAAUCUAACUCAACCACCUACUGUAACCAGGUCAUCUUCAAGUUCGAACAGUGGCCACAUUUCUGGGGAGAUUCAGCCUCAGCCAUUGAGUCAAAGGCAGUUCAUAAGAAGCAGUGUCUUGAAGGGACUAGAAACUCUUAAAGAAUCAAGAAAAGAGUUAAAAACGCUUUCUGAUCCAAUCUCCCAGUACCCAGAUGUGCUGAAGGAUGCUGCAAGACUUCUGCGGGCAAUGCCCCCUACACAGGUUUCUGUUGAGAGACUGUUCUCUGCGCUGAAGAUAUUCAAAUCAGACCUAAGGAGUUGCCUGAAGGCAGAUAUUCUAAACGCCCUCCUUCUACUAAAAGCUAAUAUGAAUUAGACCUGUUUUUUUGUCAUCCAAUAAAGUAAAAAAAAUCAUUAUCUUUUUGUGCAAACUAGUAGAAAAAUAGUAUAAAAAAAUGU